AACUGGGUGAAAUCCUAUUUGUCCUCUUUCUGCUGAGGAAACUUGCUGUUUUCGCUGGACAACGACCGCCCUGUUCUCUCGCAGCGCGGUGGGCGACCGCACGACGCUCUGUACUUCGUCGCGUGUGCACGCGCGCGUACCCGCGUGCAGAUGUGGAUUCGGGGUUUGGAGUCGUUAUCCGGUAGAGGGCGGAGUGAGAGUGCGAGAGAGAACGCGGAGAGCGGGUAAACGGGAGCUGCGGUAACGAGCAGAGCGGCGCGGACGGCGGCUGCAGCGGAUGCCGGGUCGCACGAGCGGCGGGAGUCCGGGUCCGGUGCUUGACUGAGGGGGGAGGAUUUGUCACGCGCCGCGGUCGGGGAGGAGAGGCUCGUGUCCGGUGCACGCGCCCCUACGCACACACAGGUCCACACACACUCACUCAAACGUCUUAAGAGCGGUGGGAGAUGCAUUACGUCAUAGCCUCCCGUCGCCCUAGAUGACCGCGCGCGCAGGACGGGAUGAUGCAGGGCUUCUGGACUAGAGCUACGACGGAGUCCCCCGCUGCCGCCGCGCGCGAGCGCCCAGCGGCGUUGGCUCGAGCCGUCGGGGAGGAACAGGAGCCGCAGUCGCGCGGCCGCCGGCUCUGAUGGCUCCUCGCGCCCCGGGCGGGAAAGAGACACAGCAGUCGCCGCGGCGCGAGAGGGAAGGAGGCAGCAGGUAUCUGGGAAGUGACGUGGCAUCCGCGCCCCGCGAGAAAGCACCACGGUGCGGUUGUCGUGCGUUUCACAGGAGGGCAGGAGCGGGAAGGGGAACAUGGCCGCGCAGUCGGACGGCGGCAAAGCCGGGGUCGGGUGCGGCGGCGGCUUCGCCCAGCUGUACGACGUUGACGCCGAGGAGCCCCUGGACUCUGCCGCGAUCCACAUCUGCCAGUGCUGCCGCUCGUCCGCCUGCUACUGGGGCUGCCGCUCCGCCUGCCUCGGCUCGCUGCUCGGCGGGGGGCAGCCCGUCGGAGGGGCCGGCGUGCGCGAGACUCACUGCCCGCCUCGGGAGCAGCUGUGGCUGGACUGCCUCUGGAUCGUCCUCGCCCUCCUCGUGUUCUUCUGGGACGUCGGCACGGACCUGUGCCUGGCGCUGGACUACUACCAGCGGCAGGACUACCUCUGGUUCGGCCUCACGCUCUUCUUCGUGCUGGUGCCUUCGGUCCUGGUGCAGAUUCUGAGCUUCCGCUGGUUCGUGCAGGACUACACGGGCGGGGGGCUGGGGGAGGUGGAGGGGCUGACGAAGCGGGGCGCGGUGGCGCUGGGCUGCCUGUACCCCGGCAGGGACCGCCUGCAGCUGGCCACCAUCUGGCUGUGGCAGGCCACCAUUCACAUCCUGCAGCUGGGACAAGUGUGGAGGUACAUCAGGACGCUUUACCUAGGUGUGAUGUCACGGCGGCAGAAGGAACACCAGCGGCGCUGGUACUGGGCCAUGAUGUUCGAGUACGCAGACGUCAACAUGCUGCGGCUGCUGGAGACCUUCCUGGAGUCCGCUCCCCAGCUGGUUCUGCAGCUCUGCAUCAUGAUCCAGGAGAACCGGGCUGAGACGCUGCAGUGCAUCUCCUCCCUUGCCUCCCUCCUGUCUCUCGCCUGGGUUCUGGCCUCCUACCACAAACUGCUGCGGGACUCUCGCGACGACCAGCGCAGCAUGAGCUACCGCGGCGCGCUGCUGCACCUCUUCUGGCGCCUCUUCACCAUCUCGUCCCGCGUCCUCUCGCUCGCCCUCUUCGCCUCCCUCUUCCACAUCUAUUUCGGCAUCUUCGUGGUGGUCCACUGGUGCGCCAUGGCCUUCUGGGUGGUGCACGGAGGCACCGACUUCUGCAUGUCCAAGUGGGAGGAGGUGCUCUUCAACAUGGUGGUUGGCAUCGUCUACAUCUUCUGCUGGUUUAACGUGAAGGAGGGACGCACGCGCUACAGAAUGGUGGCGUACUACACUGUGGUUCUGGCCGAGAACACCAUCCUCACUGGGCUGUGGUAUGCGUACAGGGACCCCCUGCUGACCGACUCCUACGCCGUCCCAGCCCUGUGUAGCGUCUACCUGACGUUUGCGGGGGGCGUCCUGGUGAUGCUGCUUUACUACGGCUUCCUGCACCCUGCCACCGCCCAUCUCCAGCCGAGCCCCGCCUCCUCCUGCUGCGCCCAGCUGCUCUGGGGCCUGCCCCUUCCUCCGUCGGCCCCGCCCACCGCCCCGCCCACCCCGGCUCACAUGCCCAAGUCUCAGACGGAGGAGGACGUGGCCGAGACAUGCCUCCCCGUCUUUCAGGUGAGGUCGGCGCCCCCGCCGUGCAAGUCGGACGGGCCGCUGAUAAAAAUCGACAUGCCCAGGAAGCGGUACCCAGCCUGGGACGCCCACUACGUAGACAGGCGCCUGCGGAGGACUAUAAACAUCCUGCAGUACAUAACGCCGGCCGCCGUGGGCAUACGCUACCGCGACGGCCCCCUACUGUACGAACUGUUGCAGUACGAGUCCUCACUUUGACACACAAACACGUCAGGACACAUAAGCACAUAAAAAGACGUAUAUUCACCUGGAUGUUUAGAUUGUAGAGAAGACCUAGAAACACAUUCACACUUGCUAUAAGCACACAGACACAAAGCAAUCUGUUCCACUUUGAAGCACACUCACACUCCAUGUGGUCAUAUACGACCUGUAAGUCACUUGGCCACGACUCAACAAGCUGCUUCGGCGCGAGUCCAUCUCUUCUCGCCUCUGUCUCUCUCUAUUCCUCGCCAUCUAAUAGCUCUUCAUUUGAUUUCACCCCUUUAAUUUCCUGCGUCCGUGCUCCUCUGUGAAGAGAAAAAACAAAACAACCAAAAAAAAAAAAAGAAAACGG